AUGCCCCGCGGUCGUUCGAACUCCAGUAGCAGCAGCAUAACCACUCAAAGUAGCAACGCGUCAACAUACGGGUUCACAACUCACCUCCAGAGUGCUGUGUCUUUGAUAGACUAUGACGAAGAUAACGGCUCUGGGUCGUCUAUUGCAAUCUCUGCUCUAGACGCUGCAUUUUAUGACAAAGGACGUGAAAGGGGUGUAGGAAAGAAACUUUGGGAAUACGUCUCUUCACGAAGACACGAAAUCGGCAAGGAUCCCAGGUCGUUGGCCACGAACGCGCCAAUAUCCCCUCCUCUUCCAUCAUCAAAACAUUCGGAGAUCACCGUAGGAAGGAAAUCCGCUCCGAUCCCAAUACCUCCAAAGACGCCAGGCACGAAAGACUCUUCUCAUUUACCUCUCGCCGCAGCAACGCCCAUUCGGCGGACCAAAAGCAUCUUAAAGAGAUCCCGGCAAUCGUCAAGCGUCGACUUGAAGCCAGCGCAAAUGUGCCCUGAAUCAUCAUCAGCAUUGAGCUUUGCGGAGCUGGGCAAGGUAAACGCGUUCUUUGCGCAGGUGCCACCAGGAUAUUUGACGCGACACGCUCCCGCCAAGUUGAAGCCUCGCUCACAACCGUCAGACGAUAUGCCACCCUUGACGCCGCUUCCAACGGACGACUCACCUUUCCCUGAAACGGAAGAAGUCAAGACGCCAAUCUAUUUCACGCCUCGGAUGAUGGGAUGGCCUCAAGGUGACGAGGACAUUUCCUUCUUGCAGAUGGAUGAGCCGAUGGACAGUCCUUCAAGUCCGUCGACGUCCCUGGGCUCAUUUGAUGGCGACUUUGCGGAACAUGCAGUCGGCGAGAGACUUUCGCGGACACGCAACGAAGAAGUGUUCGAGGAUGACCCUUUCUACAUGUCUGAUGAGCUCAUCCCACGUCGACCAUUUUGA